AUUAUCACACCAUUUAUUAUUCCAUUAACAAGUAAUUGAAUCUAGAAGUAUAUCAUUUCCUAGUAGUAGGAAAGAGAGGGGGAGGGAGAGAGAAAAGGGUGAGAAAUAUAGGCGGAGGAAAAACGGAGGAGGAAACGGCGGCGAGAAAUCGAGGAAAUCGGGGAGGGGAUUGGGCUGGGAUUUUGAUCCGCGUCGCCUCCUUCGUCCCCCCCGAAUCCCAUCCCAAAUCCCUAAUUUCGGUGGCGCCACCGCGGAAUUCGGAAUCCGAGCAUCGGAGUCCAAACCGCUCUGUGUUGGUGUUUAUCCCCAAAUUUUCUCGUUCGUGUAGGCAAUAAACCCUAUCUGGUCCAGCCAUCCAUCGGCUGGAAUCUGUGCUCCAGUGCGGAUUUAGCUGCCUCUCCACCCUCGCGGAUUGACCAUCGCCGUCGCGCUAAGCCGGGGGAUCGGAGCGUCGGGGAUGGCCGCCGCCGCCGCCGUAUAGGAUGGAGCUGGAUUCCUCCGGCGGCUGCUCGGCUGCUCCCGCGGAUGGUGUGAUCGUUGCGACUGGGGUUGGGUUCGGAGUUGCUGGUGGGUGGUGGUCGGCGGGCGGUAGGAGAUCUCCCCGAGCAACUGUAAGAGCUGCCGAAUAGCUGGCGGACAUGGAGGAGAAGGCGGCGGCGGCGCCGCCGUGGGAGCCUAGCGUGGGCACGGUGUUCCGACGUCUCGCUGGUGCUGGGGAUUCGGGGCGGUCGCCGGAGGCGUCCCUCCCCUCCCCCUCGUCCUCGGGCAAUGGGGUUGCGACCCGUAUAAGCAAUCUUCACGGCGUCAAGAGGAAACCGUUUGUUGCAAGACUAACGGCAGACAUCAUUCAAACAUUUGUACGAUGCAACCCUGCGUUUAAGUACUCAGAGUCACUAAACCCAAAGAUCUUUCUGACGAAUCCUUCAACCCCAGCUCAUAAUGAUGGACUUGAUAAUGCGAAUUGGGACCUCAUAUUGUAUGUCAACUUGGAAUUGGUCAACAGGACAUCAAAUCGGAGGUUCGUAGUCAAGGAAAUGCUUGGCCAAGGAACGUUCGGUCAGGUUGUCAAAUGCUUGGACACUGAAACCAAUGAUUAUGUUGCUGUGAAGGUUAUUAAAAACCAGCCUGCAUUUUACCAUCAAGCGCUCGUGGAGGUUUCAUUAUUGAGAGCGUUGAAUCAAACACAUGAUCCUGAUGACCAGUAUAACAUUGUCCGUAUGCUUGACUAUCUCCUAUUCCAAAAUCACCUGUGUAUAGCAUUUGAAAUGCUUGGUCAAAACCUGUAUGAGCUCUUGAAAAGGAACAGCUUCAGAGGACUGAAAAUGAAAUUUGUUCGCGCCUUCUCAAAACAGAUAUUGGAUGCCAUGGUUGUGAUGAGAGGCGCUAGAAUAAUUCACUGUGACCUGAAGCCUGAAAAUAUCCUGUUAACUCCGAGUGUUACAACAGAUGCAGCCGUGAAAGUGAUUGAUUUUGGUUCAGCAUGCUUGGAGGGUAAAACAGUAUACUCAUACAUUCAGAGCCGCUAUUACAGAUCUCCAGAAGUUAUCCUUGGCUAUCCUUAUAAUACUGCAAUUGACAUGUGGUCAUUUGGCUGCAUAGUUGCUGAACUAUUUUUAGGCCUUCCCUUAUUUCCCGGAGCAUCAGAAUAUGAUGUGCUCCAGCGCAUGGUAAAAAUUCUUGGGGGUCAACCACCAGAUUACAUGCUAAGGGAAGCUAAGAACUCAGCAAAGUUUUUUAAACAUGUUGGAAGUAUUUAUCGUGGUAACGAAGUGCAUGAUGGUAUUGGCAGUUCUUACAGAUUGUUAACUGAAGAGGAGAUUGAAGUGAGGGAGUCUGAAAAGCCAAAGGUAGUGAAAUGGUACUUCCCACAACUCAGGCUUGACCAACUCAUAUGCAGUUACCCUUGGAAAAAUUCAGAACUGACAGAGACAGAAAAGGCAGAGCGGGUGAUACUGGUUGAUUUCCUAAAGGGGCUUCUGAAAUUUGAUCCCAAUGAGCGAUGGUCGCCAUUGCAGGCUUCAUGUCAUCCAUUUAUAACAGGCGAACCUUUCACUGGUCCAUAUGAACCCAUACCUGAGACUCCCAAAAUUCCAAUUGGUCGUGCUGCCGCAGUUGAACACAAUCCUGGAGGAGGACACUGGCUAGCCGCAGGCCUAUCUCCUCAGGUUGGAAGUGUUAAUAGGUCUCUACCACCCAAUAAUCCCUAUCCUCCAAAAAUACCUUAUUCUUAUGGGAGUAGUUAUGGAAGCUUUGGUAGCCAUGGUAGCUAUGUUGGUAAUGCUGGUCAUGCCAGCAGCUAUGGAAGCUUUGGUGAUGGCAAUGCUGUCAACAUGUAUUACUCACCAUUAGGUCCUGGUUUUAAACAAAUUGAGUCUAGUCCAGACGUAAGAUUGCGACCCCGUUUCUCACAUGAUAGAGGGAUUCGCUUGAGCCCUGGGAGUACGGGGCCUAUGUCUCUUGGUGCCAGUCCAUCACAAUUUACCCCACCUAACUACCAAAUGCAAAUCCCAUCUAAUUCCACUGGGAUGCAUGGUUCUGGUUCACCUGCAAGUGGAGGCAUUCAUGGAUCCCCAUUAGGAAAAACUCCAUCCAGUUACAGCAAGAGGAGGGGUUUGCCAAUGCCACCUCAUGAAUAUCCAUCUCAGCAUGGACAAGGACGUCAUGGAGAUGGUGUCGGUUUUAGUCAUUCUGAUGCCAAUGUUCGAGGACAUCCUGUCUACUCCCAGAAUUCAAUACCAAGUUCUGGUUAUUCUAGUUGGAGACCGCAAAUUGGUUCCGGUAGUUUUUCCUUGGAGGCUUCUUCUAGUCAUGGGCCUUCUCAAACAUUUCAUUCACACUUUGCUCCUCGUCUGCAAACUCUUGAUAAUUUAUCUGAUUCAUCAGCGGCAUCCACACUUGACAAUGCUUAUUGGGACCCUUAUUUUAGUGAUGAGUCACUAUUGCAUGAAGACAAUUCACUGUCAGCUGAUUUAAGCAGCAGUCUUCACCUCGGGGAUUCAGCUAAUCCAACAAGUGGAUCCGCCAGAACAGCAAAUGUCCAAAGCCACAUUUUCAUGGGCUCGAACCCUUUACCAGCAGGCGAAAGUUACAGAGCAGACCAUUUUUUUCACGCAUCUUCUCGUGGGUCGCUUGGAGGGAAUACUCAUUCUGCUGUUCCUGUUAACUAUGGUGGCUAUAACCCUGUAAAUCAUCCCCAACAAAAUCCCCAAAUUCGGCAUGGGCAACCAUAUAUUCAGCAUCGAUACAACCAGGCAACUUCAACUCAUAAUCAUCCUAGAGGGAGUCACCACAACAGGCAACCUGCAUGGCCCAUGGCCGAUGGAACGCCCUGGGGAGGAACGAGUGGGCAUCCAUUUACCACAACUGGGCUACCUUCAUCUCUUCCAAGAAAGGAUUACGGGAGCAUCUUCUAGCGCGGAAUUGUGGAGCAGUGCGAUUCAUUGCUGGCGACAUGAAUUAUUUGUAGUUUCAAACUGGGAGUUGCGUUGCGUUGCCUCAGCCCGUCUGAGUAUUCUUUUGCAGUGUUGCUGCACUUGCAUUCUUCCAUUGGGGGUGGUCCUUUGUCGUACUCACAAUUAUAUGAAGGCAUAAUGCGAUCGAUAA